UAGGGGCGGGAUCCUGGGACGGGCGGACGUGACGCACCUGUCAUCGGCUACACUGUAUCCUGGGGCCGGUGCGGGCUCCACCGGGCGAGGAGCCGCCGGAGCCGGGAGGGAGCGAGAGGGCCCCGGGCCGCCCCGAUCUAUGAGGCUCCCUGCACGCCCGCUUGUCUGAUGCCGCCUUGGAGGAGGAAGGUGCCAUUAUGGAGUGCUGUCAUGGAGGCUACACUGUGUAUCCACACGUGCCUUUGGCUGAGUCCAGCCUGGAUUCCCUUGCUCAUGCCAAAUGGACUUGCACAUGGUUCAGAACUCGAGCCUGGGGCUAAAACCCAGGAGAUGGCUCAAGGCUCCGGAGAGUUAACCUGGGCCGUGCACUUAAAUGUGCCAGCGGGGUUGUCCUCCUGUGAGGAGGAGCUGGAGCGACAGGCAGACAAACUGGCCAGGACAGGAGGCCUGGUGAACCUGGGCCGGAUUGGGGAGUUAAAGGGCCAUUACCUCUUCGCCCACCAACCAAAUGGCCAGACAGAACGAGGACCUGAAGCAAUACGGAGAUCGGUAGAGGCUUUAUUUGCACAGCAUGACAGCGUGCGGUGGCACUCUGAGCAGAAGCUUCUGAAGCGCUCCAAACGCAGCCUGCACUUUAAUGACCCCGAAUACCCCAACCAGUGGCAUCUGAACAAUCGGAGGACCCCGGGAAAGGAUAUCAAUGUGACGGGCGUGUGGGAGCAGAACGUGACAGGCCGCGGCGUGACCGUCGUGGUCGUGGAUGAUGGCGUGGAGCACACCAGCCAAGAUAUACAGCCAAAUUACAGCCCUGAAGGCAGCUAUGACUUGAACUCCAAUGACCCCGACCCUAUGCCCCGCCCUGACGCCGAAAAUGGGAACCACCACGGGACCCGGUGCGCUGGUGAAAUCGCAGCUGUCCCAAACAACGGCAUCUGUGCCGUGGGAGUUGCCUACGGCAGCCGCAUUGCAGGCAUCCGAGUCCUGGAUGGGCCCCUCACAGAUAGCAUGGAGGCUAUCGCUUUCAACAAGCACUAUCAGAUCAAUGACAUCUACAGCUGCAGCUGGGGGCCGGAUGAUGAUGGCAAAACUGUGGAUGGUCCUCACCAGCUAGGAAAGGCUGCCUUACAACAUGGGGUGAUUGCUGGUCGCAGGGGCUUUGGAAGCAUUUUCGUUGUGGCCAGCGGCAAUGGAGGGCAGCACAAUGACAAUUGCAACUACGAUGGUUACGCCAACUCCAUCUACACCGUCACUAUAGGUGCGGUGGACGACGAGGGGAACAGGCCGUUCUACGCCGAGGAGUGUGCCUCCAUGCUGGCAGUGACCUUCAGCGGCGGGGAUAAGACGAGGAGGAGCAUUGUGACGACAGACUGGAAUUUGGAGAAAGGCACAGGAUGCACCGAGGGCCACACAGGGACUUCAGCUGCUGCCCCCCUCGCAGCCGGGAUGAUUGCCUUGAUGCUCCAAGUGCGACCGUGUCUCACCUGGCGAGAUGUCCAGCACAUCAUUGUCUUCACAGCCACCAAGUAUGAAGAUCGUCGCACCAACUGGGACACUAACCGGGCGGGCUUCAGCCACAGCCACGAGCAUGGCUUUGGCUUGCUAAAUGCUUGGAGGCUUGUCAACGCUGCCAAGAUCUGGGAAUCUGUCCCAUACUUAGCGUCGUACAUCAGCCCUGUUCUAAAAGAGGGCAGGACCAUCCCGCAGGUCCCUCAGGCAUUGGAAGUCACCUGGAAUGUCACAGCGGCCGACCUUGCCUUGUCUGGCAUGAGGACCUUGGAGCACGUGGCAGUGACCGUCACCAUAACCCACCCUCGCCGUGGCAACCUGGAAAUCAAACUCCUCUGCCCCAGUGGCAUGGUGUCCAGGAUUGGGACCACCAGGAGCCUGGACUCAGAUCCCAACGGCUUUGCUGACUGGACCUUCUCCACAGUGAGGUGCUGGGGGGAGGAAGCCCAGGGCAUGUACAGACUCAUUAUCAGGGAUGUCGGGGAUGAGACGCUGAAGACAGGGACGUUGAAGCAGUGGCAGCUGAUGCUUUACGGCUCUUCAUGGACUCCGGCGGAGAUGAGGGAACGGCAAAGGCUGCUGGAGGACGCCAUGAGUGGCCAGUACUUGAGCAGUGGCGAGUCCCUGCCUUGCCCUCCAGGACUGGAGAUCUCCGAGGAGGAGCCAUACACCAUCACAGCCAACACCCUCAAGAUGCUCGUGUUGCUGGGAUGCUUUGCUGUCUUCUGGACGAUCUACUACAUGCUGGAGGUUUACCUGUCCAGAAAUAAUGUAGUCUUCAAUCUGACGUGCAGCAGCUUCCCCGCCUGCAGGUGGUACCCCAGGGCUGGGCGGCAGAAGAACAUGGAGAAUGGGCUGGAUAUGGAGUCCAUCCCACUCAAUGCGGGGAAGGACAUGGAAGACGUGGAGAUGGAGUCGGAGCAGCCACUGCCCAGCCCGGAAGCCCCAGAAAACUUAGGGGAAGAGGGAAGCUGGAGUCCCCAGGAUCCCAAACCUCACAGCAAUGGCCGAGCCGCAGGCUUUCACGAAGCAAUCCAUUCGGGCUCAGGGUAUCUUGGCCGGGACCUGGCCUCCGACCUCCUCUCAGCAGACAGGGAGCAGCAGACAUGCUAGCGGGCGCUGGGAGCUUGGGAUGCUGGCUGAUAUUGGGUACUGUCCUUCCCUGGUUGCAGGGUGGGGGAGACGUUCCAACCCCCCCACAGAGCCACCGCUGACUUGGGGGGUGCUGGCGGUGGAUGUGGCUCGGAUGACACAGGCCCACGGCUGAGAGGAGGGACCAACGUCUUGCUCUCGACAUUCCCCAUCACAAAGGCCCCUUUCCCUGCCAUUUAUAAACAAAACAAGCCUUAACUCAUUUUAUAACGGAGUCUGUCCAGGGGCGAAACUCACGGCUUCUCUCCUUCCUCAGCCCUAGGCCCUGUGCUCCUGCUCCCUGCCCGUGAGCACCCGGCAUCCGCUGAACUGAGCUUCCCUUCUGCUCCCAGCGUGCCCGCCCAGGGCCGGCCUGGCUGCUGGUGGAGGAGCCCGGGCUCACCUGCUAGGGCAGCAUGGUGGCACUCAGCGAGUCCGGGCGCUCUCCUGGGGCUGGCUUUGGAGUGGCGCUCUCAGGUGUUGGAGAGGGAAGCAGGAAGGUUUCCAUGUGGGCAGCCCCCAGACCCUGUGGCUGGGGCCCUCCCUGUGGUGUGUUCUGCAGGCAGGGCGCAGCCCUGGGGGAAAGGCGGAGAUGGUGGAAGGCCCCAGCCUGACUCCUCCCCAGUGCAUCUCCAUUGCCUUCAGUGAGGCACUCCUGGCUGACAGCCCUGGGAGAGUGGUCAGGCCCUUACUGUGGAUUAGCUGCAGCCAAACCCCGCGGCCGCGGCACUCGGACGCCAGGGGUGGCUCAUGUAGGGUGAUUCUGCAGCGGGGAAAGCCCGGGUUCUGGACCUGGUGACUGGCUCAUGUUCUGGGAUUACGCCCAGGAGUGGUUACGUGUACUGCAGGCGCCCCCAGACUUUGCCCAGGCCCUUGCCAGGAGCCCUGGGGCUGCCCCACCCUGCAUUAGUGGAGGAGACUGUCACCCCCUUCGUUACAGACCUGCAGGGACUAAGGGCCCAGCCCUUCAGCCAGCUGGAUCAUGGCCUGGCCACACGCUGUAUUGGACACAAGGGUGGCACUGCCAGGCUGCCCUAUCUAGCUGCCCCCCAGAUUGACGUCUUUGGUCUUGUAGGGAUAGUUACUUCACGGAGUCUGGGGCUGGAUUUUCUGAGAUGCCUCCCACAGAGGGGAGUCCAGCCACAGAGCUGUCCCUCUGCCUGCCUCGUCUGUCUCUUGUGCUCAGCAUGGGCGCUGUGCCAGCUGGCUUGGGCAGCUCGCUCGGGGUGGGUUUGGUACCCAGUGCACUUCACACCUCCCAGAGUGUGAACCGAGGGUCGACACCCAGGCUCUGCCAAUGCUCCUGAGCUACUGGGGGCCUUGAGAAACCACGGGGCGAGUCAGGGCGUGGGAGCGGAUCAGCUGUGCCCGCCUGCGACCAGCAGCCUGGGAAGGCGAGAGCUGGACUGUCCCUUUCCAGAGCCUCUGGGAGCUAGGGCACUGGCAGAGUCAGGUAGGUGCAUGGGCUCCUCCCCCCGUGCAGCCAUGGACUUGCACUGGAGUGUGCUGAGCAAUCUCUGAAAUUCCUGGGAGCCCUUGGACUGUUAGCGGGGGGGGGCAGAGUGAGGCUUCAUGCAGUCACCUGCCCCGGAGAAGUGUCGUGCACCAGAUGUGACUUCCCCAGCCCUGCACGUGGCUGGGUUAGCUGGAUGGCAGCAGGGGCCAUGUGAGCCCAGGGUGUACUGGCCAGCCAUCUGUCUGUCUUUGCAUCAUGUCCCGUUGGCUGUGUUCCUGUUUUCAUGGGGCAGGGGCGGGGGAAGCUCUCACACCGACCCCCAGGGCCCUGCUCAGCCAGCAACAGCCACAGUUUGGCUUGUAGUGUACGUCAUUUAAGUUCCAAAGAUGCUGUCCUCCCUCUCGCCUGCCUGAAGCAUCGCAGCUUCUGCUGGAAAAGUCUCUGCUUGGGACAGAGGCAGGGGGACCUGGGGUGUGUUUAAGCCUGCUGCUUAAAGCAGUGGUUCUCCCUGGAAGGAGCCCCUUUGACUCUAACUGGUCAUUAAGGUAUCCUGGGUGAAGGUGUCCUGCAUCGCAAGAAGGCCCUUUACAUAGUGUGUAGCCACUUGGUUGACUGUGGUAGCCAACAUGAAAUCUAGUGGCCUGUGCUUGGCUGACUGGAGUCUUCAUUCCCCCUUCCUCAGCCAGCUGCCUUACCCGGCUAUCCCCGUUUUCUGGGCUCUGCCUGCUGGCAGCUGUGGUCUCCGCGCACUGCGCACGUUUCACCUCCGGAUGGCUUAGUACUUGGCUCAUGUUAGCCAGGUAGACCAAACGUUGACGAAAAAAAUCUGUUUGCCCAUUUCCAACCAUUGUAACUGCACCUUUUUCUCCCUGCUGUUCCCUCCGGCCACCACGCUUAUCCCAUCCUUUCACAAACUAGCCAUUGUCUGGCUAGAGGAAAGUAAAGGGCCUGGUUUUUCUUGGGCCUGGUGUGCACAUUGAGGCCUGGUGCAGGGCACUCACAGCAAACACAACUGGUCGGCCCAGCGAGGGCAGAGAGCAGGUGCCUUUCCCCUGGUCUAGUUGCUAUAGCGUGUCUGUGUCAGAUUCCCAGGACAGGGCCCAGAGGAAGGUCUGUGCCCCUCCAGCGGCUUGCGGGGAAGCCAUUGGAGUGUUCCAAGAGUGACAGGACUCCGACUCCAGCAAUACAUUGCAUGGCUGGAUGAGUGUGUUCCGGUGACCGUGUCUCUCCAGCCAUGGCCCACUCUGCUGCUUAGCACAGUAGUCCUGUCAGCGACAUUGAGGGAGCAGAUUUUAAAUCCUGCAUGGGUUUUCCAUGUGAGCAUUUUAAACGUUACAUUGGGGGUGACGGGUUGGGGGUUUUCGUUGUUUUUGCAACAAUCCAUCACAGACAUCGGGAGCUUUUCUUUUUCUAAAGAUUUGGGGUUUUAUUUUUGAAACAGCAAAGGCCUUUUUGUGCAGCUUUCCAAAAUAAAGUCUUUAAAAACCAGA